CGAUCUUUUAUUACCUGCAGAGAAGCCGGUAACGUUGUAAAUUUCGUGACCCCCGUUAUAAAUAAAAGGAAAUAGUGUAAUGUACGUGGAGAUGAGGUGGUCAUCUUUAUAUUCAAAAUCAUGUAUUUUUUUUUCGAGGAAACUCUCAGUGGAAAGGAUCGUAUCCAGCCAUAUUAAAAAACCAGAUUAUUAUUACCGAUUUCACUAUCCGGGUAGUACAAUCGGUGUGCCAGAUAUUAAGAAUGAAUCUGAAGUAAAUAUUACUCGCUUGAGCUGUAAGAUGGCAGGACAAGUACUCGAAGCGUGCUCGCGAUUAAUAAAAGCAGGUACAUCAACUGGUGAAAUCGAUGCUUUUGCACAUGAUCAGAUAAUUUCUGCAGGAGGCUACCCAUCCCCUUUUCGUUAUGCUGGAUUUCCAAAAUCUGUAUGCACGUCAGUUAAUAAUGUGGCUUGCCAUGGAAUUCCGAACGAAAGACGAUUGGUCGAUGGGGACAUAAUAAAUGUUGACAUUACCGUAUAUUUGAAUGGCUGUCAUGGAGAUUGCUCUAAAACAUUUCUUGUAGGAAACGUUGACGAUUUGGGAGUAUAUUUGGUAAAGUCAGCAGAGGAAUGUGUACAGCAUUGCAUUAAUAUAUGUAAACCUGGAACCCCUUUUAAUGCAAUCGGCAGAUAUAUAACAGAUUUCUGCAAUAUAAAAAAAUUGAAUGUGAUACCAGCAUUUGCUGGCCAUGGACUUGGGAAAUCAUUUCAUGAACCACCGGAAAUAUUGCAUUAUUAUAAUUCUGAACCUGGCUUUAUGCGUACAGGAAUGGUAUUUACAAUUGAGCCCAUUCUUAGUCUUGGUAAGCCCAACGUGAAUGUAAUGGAAGAUGGCUGGACCGCAGUUUCUGUCGACGGUAUGCGAAGCGCACAAUUUGAACACACUAUUCUCAUAACACAAAAUGGGAGUGAGGCGUUGACAGAAAUAAAUUAAUGACAACGAGAUAAAGAUUAAAGAUUUAUCACUCUUAUCCAAAUAUAUAACUGGCUGAAGCCUCGAUA